AUGAAGAGGAAACAGAAGAGGUUUCUGCAAAUGACGCUGCUCUUCACCGCGGCUCUGAUUUUCCUGCCCGACAUCGGCCUCUGGUCUCUCUACAAGGAGAAGCACCUGGUGAAGCCAGCGGAGCCCGCCGAACCGCAGACACUUCUCUUGGGACUGGGAGAUGGACAGCUCUUUACCUGGACUGAUGGCUUGAAAAGGAAGGACUGGCAUGACUAUGAAAGCAUUCAAAAAGAUGCUAUGCGUUCAGGGAAAGGUGAACAUGGGAAGCCGUACCCUCUUACAGAGGAAGACCAUGAUGAUUCUGCUUAUAGGGAAAAUGGCUUCAACAUAUUUGUUAGCAACAAUAUAGCACUGGAGCGAUCCCUGCCAGACAUCCGACAUCCUAACUGUAAGCACAAGGUGUACUUGGAAAAGCUACCAAAUACGAGCAUAAUUAUCCCAUUUCAUAAUGAGGGCUGGACUUCACUUUUGCGAACAAUACACAGCAUUAUCAACCGCACUCCAGACAGCCUGAUAGCAGAAAUCAUUCUUGUGGAUGACUUCAGUGACAGAGAACAUUUAAAAGAGAAGCUGGAGGAAUACAUGGUCCGUUUUGCCAAAGUGAGGAUUGUACGAACCAAGAAACGAGAAGGGCUUAUUCGGACCAGACUGCUAGGAGCCUCGCUGGCUAGAGGAGAAGUCUUGACAUUUCUGGAUUCCCAUUGCGAAGUCAACGUGAAUUGGCUCCCUCCCUUGCUUAACCAGAUUGCACUAAACCACAAAACCAUCGUGUGUCCUAUGAUCGAUGUCAUUGACCACAAUCACUUUGGCUACGAGGCACAGGCGGGGGACGCCAUGCGAGGAGCUUUUGACUGGGAAAUGUACUACAAAAGAAUCCCGAUUCCUCCAGAGCUCCAGAGAGCUGAUCCCAGCGACCCCUUUGAGUCUCCUGUAAUGGCUGGAGGUCUUUUUGCUGUUAAUCGGAAAUGGUUUUGGGAGCUAGGAGGCUAUGAUCCAGGAUUAGAAAUAUGGGGAGGAGAGCAGUAUGAGAUCUCCUUUAAGGUGUGGAUGUGUGGAGGUGGCAUGUUUGAUGUUCCAUGCUCUCGAGUUGGGCAUAUCUACAGGAAGUAUGUCCCAUAUAAAGUCCCUUCUGGAACCAGCCUAGCACGGAACCUGAAGCGUGUGGCAGAGACAUGGAUGGAUGAGUUUGCAGAGUACAUUUACCAGCGGCGGCCUGAAUACAGACACCUCUCAACUGGUGAUAUCUCUGCCCAGAAGGAACUGCGCAAGCACCUUAAAUGUAAAGAUUUCAAGUGGUUCAUGGCUGCAGUGGCUUGGGAUGUCCCCAAAUACUACCCUCCUGUGGAGCCUCCACCUGCUGCCUGGGGAGAGAUUCGAAAUGUGGCAGCCAACCUCUGUGUGGACAGUAAACAUGGAGCUACAGGGACUGAGCUGAGGCUGGACAUCUGUGUGAAGGAUGGCUCAGAAAGGACAUGGUCACAUGAGCAGCUCUUCACCUUUGGCUGGAGAGAAGACAUCCGCCCUGGAGAGCCACUUCACACCAGGAAGUUCUGCUUUGAUGCCAUUUCACACAGCAGCCCUGUCACUCUAUAUGAUUGUCACGGGAUGAAGGGAAACCAGCACUGGAGCUAUCGGAAGGACAAAACUUUGUUCCAUCCAGUAAGCAGCAGCUGCAUAGAUUGCAACCCAGCCGAGAAGAAGAUUUUCAUGAACAGAUGUGACCCCUUAUCUGAAACUCAACAGUGGAUUUUUGAACAUAUUAAUAUGACUGUUUUAGAAAAAUUUAAUAGCAAGGCCAGUUCCUAGGAAAAAAAUAAAGUGAACACACCGAGUUACGUACAGACUGCAGACUACCUUUUCGCCAGCAUCUGGGUCGAAGAUAUCAGGAAUUAUAAUUCCUAGAUCCAGGAGACCUGUUCUGAGGAUUAAGAAAAUGCCACAGCAAGAGCCAACAGGCUGUCCUCGUGGAUGUACAGUAUCUGAAGAACUUGGCUAAGAGCCUCACCGGAUGCUGCUGAGAACUUCAGGCUGGAAAUUCCCUUGCUGGUCAAGGGAAAAAAAAUGUUUUAAAACUGUUUAAAAGUACUCCAAGAUAAUAAAGUAAAACAAAACUC